GAGCCUACAGAAUGGUCCAGCCACAUGGUUACCGUUGUUAAAGGAGACAAAGUUCGAAUUUGCCUAGACCCAACAUCGCUCAAUCAAGCCAUUCUCCGGGAAAACUAUCCCAUGCCAACGUUGGAUGAUGUCGCUCCUAGGCUUGCCGGUGCAAAAUUCUUUUCCACGCUUGAUGCGGCAUCAGGGUUUUGGCAAAUUCGGCUUAGCGAAUCGAGCUCCAAACGUUGCACCAUGAGCACUCCCUAUGGUCGCUAUCGGUUCCUUCGGAUGCCGUUUGGAAUAGCUUCGGCCCCCGAAAUUUUCCGAGCAGCAAUGCACCGCGUUUUGGAAGGCUUGUCCGGUGUGGCGGUUGUGAUGGAUGACAUAUUAGUAUGGGGCAGAACUAAAGACGAGCACGACCGCAGCCUAAAACUUGUGUUGUCCCGUUGUCAACAGCACAACCUUCGACUUAACACCAAGAAGAGUGCGUUUCUGCAGCCAGAGGUCCGGUAUCUAGGACACAUCCUCACUACAGAAGGCCUACGCCUUGAUUCGGAGAGGGUACAAGACAUACUGGGAAUGCCUGAACCGACGAACGCCUCGGAAGCCCGUCUAAAAAGUAUUCUCGCAGCAACGAACAACGAUGCCGUUCUCUCCAAGCUGCGGGAAUAUGCGCUGACCAGUUGGCCUGACAACAAGCACGAGGUUCCAGAAGCCAUCCGCCCCUACUGGUCUUAUCAGGAGGAAAUACACACACAAGACGGGCUUCUAUUCCGCAGCAACAAGGUGAUCAUACCAAGUUCGAUGAAAGCAGAAAUAUUGGCUCUUUUGCACGUCGCACAUCCCGGAGCCGAUAAAAUGAAAGCGCGGGCACGAAGCGUCAUAUUCUGGCCCUGCCUGGCAAGCGACAUAGAGCAAUUUUGCCGAAAUUGCAAAAUGUGCCAAAAGCAUCAGCCACGAAACGCAAAGAUGCCGCUUUUGAGCCAUGAGAUUCCAAACCUGCCCUGGGAAGCGGUAGGAAUGGACUUAUUCUUUUACGGGGGCCGACAGUUUGCCAUUAUUGUCGAUUUCUAUUCCUUCUUUUUUGAGAUUAAGGAAUUUCGCCAUACCACUGCUAAUCAGCUGAAGUCCUGGUGCACAGAACUUUUUUCGGUUCAUGGAUUACCGCUUAAACUGUGCAGCGAUAACGGGCCGCCAUUUAACAGCACAGAAUUCAAAGACUUUUUAUAUAGGCUCGGCAUUCCCCCCGUAACGUCAAGCCCAUAUCAUCCACGCUCAAAUGGUAUGACGGAGAGGGCCGUGCAAGAAGCCAAAAAACUAUUAAAAAAGUGCUCUCUCAAAACGCCGGAUUUCCACAAGGCUCUGCUUGAAUGGCGUAAUACACCGCGAGAUUCUAUUUUGAAAUCCCCUGUGCAGAGACUGAUGGGAAGGCAGACGAGGACCCUGCUGCCUGUACCCGCAAGCCACCUGGUGCCGGAGACUGUGCCCAACCGAGCCGUCCAUAACCGUCUCCAGGAAAUUCGCCAACGCCAGAGGAUCUACUACAAUCGCCGCUCCAGGAACCUGCCACCCCUGUCACCUGGCCAGAGGGUGACUACAUACGAUACCCACGAAAGGACCUGGACACCUGCGGUCUUUCUGAGGCCAGCUGAGACGCCGCGCUCCGUGGUGGUGAAGACUGAGGAGGGCCAGGAAAUUAGACGUACUCGCGAGCAUCUGCGAGACGCACCUACACAUACCGAAGAGAGUCCUCGUGACGGGUCCGAACGACUAGAAGACGCCCAGCCCGCUCAAGAGCUACGUAGAAGCACAAGGACACGCCGGGAGCCCUCCCGCUACCCACAACCAGAAAGAGCUGUGUAAUUAACUUCUUCCCCAAGAAAAGGGAGAUGUAGCAUGGCUGAGUAACUCUGACGUAACCAGCCAUUUCGUUAAAAUCACGUCACCUGCUACGUCACCAUUCUUUCCUAUAUCUACUUCGUUUCAACCGCAAUAAACGUUGUUCAUCACCCGA